CACUAAAUAGUGCACAGUCUGCUGGAAAGAAGAAGAGAAAGGGGAAGUUCCCCUGCGGAUGAGAAAGAUUAAGAAGACAUAUUAAUGGAUAAUCGGAGAAACUCAACAACAUGUGGCUAAUGUUAUUGUUCAUCCUGAACGCGAACACACAGACAAACGCUCUCCAGGUGAUUGGAGGAAACAGGACUGUGGUGCAAGGACGUACAGUUACAUUCAACUGCGAACUUGUUGACAACACAGAGACUGUCAACCAGAUUUCAUGGCAGAGGACGACCAGAGUUAAAACAGAUAAUUUUUUCUUGACUGUUCGGAAAAAAAAUGGACCAGAUUAUGUCAAUGGACCUGAUGAUCGAAUUAAGUUUAUUGGGAGCUUCAAUGAGCUUAAUGGAUCUUUUCAGAUCUCCAAUGUCUCAUUGCAGGAUGAAGGCAUCUACACUUGCAUCUUCACUUUGUUCCCCAGUGGAACUCACAACACACAUAUACAUCUGGAUGUGCUCGUGCCUCCUGUCAUACGUGUGAAGGAUAACCUUCCUACUUUGGCUGAUAAGGAAGUUUGCAUUGCCACCUGCACGGCUGCUGAUUCUAAGCCUCCGGCAAACGUGAGCUGGCUCACAGGUAGCUUAGCAGACAACUUGAGGUCAACAGCCAACUCCACGCAGCAUGAUGAUGGUAAGACUACCACAGUCAGCUACCUGUUUGGAGUACCUGCCAUGGAUAUCGACCAACAGGUGGUCCACUGUGUCGUUACCAGUCCAGCCCUGUCGAAGGAGGCAAAGAAACCCUUUACUAUACAAGUUUACUUUGCGCCUGAGGAAGUGAAAAUUGGUGCAAAUCCCAAAGAAGACUCAUUUCAAUGUGAGACUGAUUCCAACCCUGAACCAGAAUUUAACUGGACCAGAGUUGGCAAAGCGUGGCCUCAGUCUGGUGUCAGAGUAGAGGGUGGAUCACUGCAGUUUCUGACCAGGAGCUCUGACCUGAAUGGCCUCUACCAGUGUACCGCAUUUAACUCACAUGGAAGAAGCAUUGUUUACAUCUUUAGAUCUGUGAUUUCAGAAUCCUGCAUUGUUUGUUGGAUCUUAUUUGCUCUUCUGAUCGUCCUUAUCGUAGUAGCAGCAGCAGCAGCGUGGUUUCUUUAUAAAUCUGACAAACUUCCAUUUUUAGGUUCAAGGAGAGUCCCGGUCACACGUGGGGAGACGGAGGUGAUAAAUCCUGAGGAGACGGCUUUUAAUGAGGACCUUCGAGACGCAGAAUAAACGGGAGCAUGACACACACCUCUGCUACACACGUGUUCGUCCAGUGAACUGGUGCAUCAGUUAAAGGGAUAGUUGACCCCAAAUUAGAAAUUCACUCACUUGAUGGACGGGUGGGUGAAGUGUUCAGAAAACCUUUUUGGAGUGCCAGUGGUUUGUGGAGGAUCAUGCAGCACGUUCACACAUAAACACGGAACCAGGUUACACAAAGUAAUCAGAAGGAGCCACAAUUGAAUAUUGAACUUCUAUACGUACACUGUAGUUACGUAGAUAAUUUUUUCCUUGACCGUUUUUUGAACAGAGUUAUAUGCUUAUAAGGCAUCAAAAACCAGAAUCUAUAUGAAAACUAAGUAUAACCUGGUUCUUCACGUUAACAAACUGACUAAAGAUUUGUGAGAAUUUUGAAGAGCAAACUUAAAGUGAUAAAAGUACUAAAUAUACAAGUUUCGAGUUGAAGCUAUAAAAUGAACAAAAAUGAAAUUACACAAAGGUAAAAACCAGAGACAUAAAAAAUAAGAGUGUGUCACAACAUUAUUAUGUUAAAAUAAUUACACUUGUCUUGAAUAGAACUCAACUGAAGCUGAUUGAGAGCAUUUGUAUUUACCUCAAGUGGUUACGUAUUUCACUGGAUAUUGUUUUGAUAUGUCAGGACAAGGCAGUGUGGAACAAGCUUUCAAUAUGUUUCCAAUCAAUCUGUUGCUUGUUCGAGUACCUCAACUGAAGUGAGACUGAAGUCAACAGUGAUGUUCUGUGUUACAUCACUACAAAGAAGAGAAAAAAGGAUAAGAUGAAGUCUUUACAAUUCUGCUGAAUGAUCUGAGAAAGAAAUGCAAUACCAGCUCCAAAAUGCACCAACGCAUGUUAGCUGGGUACAGAACAACCUCUCCCUCUAAUGCCAGAUAAAAUAUGAAGGUGUUCUCCAUCUUAAGUUGACAUGCUAGUAUUUAAUAUUUAUCAAUAUCAUUAUUUAUAUUUAUGACAUUUCAACAUAUUUCACUCGUUAAACGUUCAUUCAGGGGGGAUUCUGUGGGUUGUUACUGUUCAUCAAGGUAAACCAGUAGGUCAUUAAACACUUAAGAUUAAAGGAUUCAUUAUCUGGGCAGCUUUCCGAUUUGUAAAUAGUUUUGGUUUCAGAUUUAGUAUUUAGGCAUCAAGUUUUUAAUUGUUUUUACUUCUUUUGAUUUUGCUAGCCUAUUUAUUCUUUCUUACUUAUUUAAGCUUCAUAUCUUCCGUCCACAAGAGCAUUUUAGCUCUGCGUCCUUAAUAUUCCUCAGUAACAUUUAGUUUAGAGAAACUACUGCUUUUUUGUUUCUUUAAUCAGCGAAGUAACUACAAUUUUUAUUUAUUUUUGCUUUUAAAGACUGAAAACAUUGAUGCAUCGUGUGCUCUGUUUAUGUUUUUGUUAUUUUAAAGGAAUCGAAGAUUCAAUGACAUGCUGAAAUGUUUUUUGCAUUAUCUGUGCCUUAACAUUUAACAUUUAACCCUUGCGUGUUUUAAAGUUAAAGUAUAUCUCCUGUUAACUAAUGCACUAGUUGGGAUUACUGUAAUUUGCACUUGUAUUCCAAUAAAAGACGAGAUAAGCAUUACAA